AUGGCGGCCUCGAUCACAAUGCCCAAGCGGCCCUUCUUGACGCUACCCUUUCUGCUUCCCUCAUUGACAGAAUCUCUCUCCAUUGGUGCCGUGCGCCACCAAUCCUCAUAUCGCCGCACCAAGCAACGGCUUCGCGUCAAGCCGGAUGCAUCUUUCGGCCCAUCUCAACAGGGUCGUGACCAAAUCAUCUACAACCCACCCUCCAGCGCCCCGUCGGUCUACCACACACCCAGCAAGUUCCUGCCUGUCAAUGAUGUCCGACGUGCCAUGCGGCCAGCGAAUGCUGCUACAGCUACUACCGAUGUCAACGAACUGCCCAGCGUGUACAAGACCGAGCCGGAAAGGAAAUACCACCUAACACCCGAGGAUGUCGAGGAGAUCCGCAAGCUCCGAUUGAACGACCCGAUGACCUGGAGCCGGUACAGUCUGGCUAAGAAGUUUGAGUGCUCGCCGCUCUUCAUUGCGAAGGUCUGUGGAGCUAGUCCCGAGAAGAAGGCGAUCCAGAAGCAGGUCCUGGAAGCUGUACAAUCACGAUGGGGUCCGAAGCGACGGAUGGCCAGGGAAGACCGGAAGUUGCGUCGGGAGGCUUGGGGACGCGAUGAAUAA